AUGUCGGGUGUGGCGGGGCAUGGUAAUCAAGAGAAUUGGUGCAGAAAGGUCGAGAGAGGUGGUGCAACGUGGUCGAGAGAUGCAGUACAGGGAGGUCGGAUGAGGCGUUACCGAGAGUUCGGGUGUGGCUCUGCAGGGAGGCCGGGGUGGCGGUGCAAAGGCGAUAUAGGCAGUGCAGGGAGGUCGGGAGAGGCGGUGCAGAGAGAGGUGGGGAAGGCGGUGCAUGGAGGUCUGAAGAGGGGGUGCAGAGAGGUUGGGAGAGGCAUUGCAGGGAGGUCGGAAGAAGCAGUGCAGGAAGUUCGGGACAGGCGGUGCACGGAGGUCGGGUGUGAUGGAGCAGGGAGGUCAGGUGAGGCUGUACUUAGAGGUUGGGUGUGGCGGUGGAGGGAGAUCGACAGAGGUGAUGCAGGGAGGAUGGGAGAGGCAGUGCAUGGAGGUUGGACAAGACGGUGCAGGAAGGUCGGGAGAGGAGGUGCUGGGAGGUCGGGUGUGGCGGUGCAGGGAGAUUGGGAGUGGUGGUGCAGGGAAGCCGGAAGAGGCGGUGGAGGAAGGUCGGGAGAGGUGGUGAACGAAGGUCGGGUGUGGUGGUGCAGAGAGGUAGAGGAAGGUGGUGCAAAGAGGACAGAAGGGGCAGCGCAGGGAGGUUAG